AAAAUAUUCUUCGCCCAUAAAUUGAAGAUAGACGAGUGAUAACUCUUCCAGCCCCUGUUGAAUUGGGGAAUGCGUUCUCUUUCCUGUCGCUGAUUAGAGCUUUACUGGGUUCGCCAACAUUUCCGAGUUUUGUGCUGGAUAUUAUCCGCAUUCCAUGCAAAGUCGGUCGCGUAAGGGCAGCGGUUUGGUGACCAGAGAGAAGAAGUGAGAAAGAGGGAAGAGGAUCGACCGGUAAAUUCUUCCGGAGCCGGUGCAAAACUAAGCCUAGCUAACGACCAGCUGAUACUGGUCGCACCUAUUCCUGGCAUACACGCCUACCCGCGCCCCCAGAUAACAGAUGGAAGGAACAGAGGUCCACCAGCUCAUUGUGAUAAUCGAGCACGCCACCUUUCGGAGCAAUGGGUUCCUGAAGCCGAAUCCAUACGUCGAGUUUUCGAUCGAUGGCAAGAGCGCCCGCAAGACAGAUUUCAUCAAAAACACCAACACACCGAAAUGGAACGAGCGCUUCUUGAGCCUUGUGUCACCGGGAUCCAUUCUGCACUUCCGCGUGUUGGAUCAUUCGAGCUUUCGAAAGGAUUCGCUGCUGGGUCAACAGACCGUCGAUCUGGCAAGCAUUCUGCGCCACUACAACGGGGUGCUAGAGUUGCUCGAGCUUAACAUGGAUCUACUGAUUGACGGCAGUGCCUCGUCCAAGACCGGCAGCAGUAGCAGCCACAGUGAACUACGGCAACCGGUAAAGGCCGGCGAACUGGUCGUUGUGCUCGAUGGACUAAAAAUCGAUAUGCGACCAAUGACGGGUAGAAACGGCAGUGGAAAUGUGGGCCCCGGAUCGGUCGGAAUGGCGAUACCAUCGAUCGCCGGUAGCAGCGACAGCGGAAGCAUGGUCAAUGGCAAUGGGUUAUCGAGCGGGUUGGACCUUAUGCAGAACGGAGCCCUUUGCCACACGUUUCGCAGCAGUAUACUGAACGGUGGCAUAAGGGCUCGGAUGCGUUUGCGAGGCAGUGGGUCCCAACAGCUGCAACCGCCUCCAGGUGUUGGCAGUGGGAUUGGAGCACCAAGCAUAAAUCAUGCAUUAGUUGCAUCAUCAUCAUCAUCAUCGGCAUCGGCACCUGCUCAGCAGCAACAUUCACCGGCCCUUGGCAAUACUGGGCAAGGCAACAACAGUAGCAGCAAUAAUUCGGCAGUUGUUGAGUACGAUCCUGAGAUCAGGUUCAGUGCGCUCAGCAUACAAUCCCCUUACGACGGGAUGGGGAACGGCGUUGCGAUGGGAUCGUCCCCAAAUGGUGCCGGUUCCGGGUCUUCCUCAUCGACCGGUGCCAUCCGUCGAAGCGGCGCCAAUUGGGAUCAGCAGAACGUGUCUCCUGUGCCGCCAGCAACCGCAUCGCAUACUCGCCUCGGUCCCGUGUAUUCCAAUACAUCGCAGGACGGUUUGAUAAACGGUGUUCCGGGUGCCGGUGGUGGUGGUGGCAGCCCAGGUGGUGGCAACACGAUGCCCAUGGUUGGAGGCAGUUUGACCGAUCAACAGAUUUUACUGCAACACCAGCAGCAGCAGCAGCAGCAACAAAAUGCCAUCGAUGAUGAACCGCUACCGGCCGGCUGGGAAAUGAGGGUCGAUAAGUUUGGCCGGCGUUACUACGUCGACCACAACACACGGUCGACAUACUGGGAGAAACCGCAACCGCUACCAGCCGGGUGGGAGCAGCGACGCGACCCACGAGGACGCGUUUACUAUGUCGACCACAACACGCGCACCACAACGUGGCAGCGGCCAAACAGUGAGCGCUUGAUGCACUUCCAGCACUGGCAAGGCCAGCGGCAGCACAUCAUCUCGCAGGGCAACCAGCGCUUCCUGUACCCGCAACAUGCCCAGCAAUCGAACACGAUCUCGGUGCCGCAUGAGGAGGACGAUGGUUUGGGUGCAUUGCCGGAAGGUUGGGAGAAACGUGUUCAGCCCGACAAUCGGGUGUACUUUGUGAACCACAAAAAUCGAACCACACAGUGGGAGGACCCAAGGACUCAGGGCCAGGAAGUAAGCAUGCUGGCGGAGGGUCCACUGCCGCCCGGGUGGGAAAUCCGUUACACGGCGACCGGUGAACGAUUCUUCGUUGAUCACAAUAAUCGUAAAACAACGUUCGAAGACCCUCGGCCAGGGGCUCCGAAAGGGGCCAAGGGAGUGUACGGUGUACCGAAGGCUUACGAGCGGUCGUUCCGCUGGAAGUUGAGUCAGUUCCGGUACCUGUGCCAGAGCAAUGCACUCGCUUCGCAUAUUAAAAUAACGCUGACACGCCAAACACUGUUCGAGGACUCGUACCAUCAGAUCAUGCGCCUUCCGGCGUACGAACUGCGGCGCCGACUUUACAUCAUCUUUCGCGGCGAGGAAGGGCUCGACUAUGGCGGCGUAUCCCGCGAAUGGUUCUUCCUUCUGUCCCACGAGGUGCUCAACCCGAUGUACUGUCUGUUUGAGUACGCGAACAAGAACAACUACAGCCUGCAGAUCAACCCGGCCAGCUACGUCAAUCCGGACCACCUGCAGUACUUUAAGUUCAUCGGACGUUUCAUUGCGAUGGCCCUCUACCAUGGACGGUUCAUCUACUCGGGCUUCACGAUGCCGUUCUACAAGCGCAUGCUGAACAAGAAGCUAACGACCAAAGACAUCGAAUCGAUCGAUCCGGAGUUUUACAACUCCCUCAUCUGGGUGCGGGACAACAGCAUUGACGAGUGCGGGCUCGAGCUGUGGUUCAGCGUGGACUUUGAGGUGCUCGGGCAGAUCAUUCACCACGAACUGAAGGAGAACGGCGACAAGGAACGCGUGACAGAGGAGAACAAAGAGGAGUACAUUUCUCUCAUGACCGAGUGGCGUAUGACGAGAGGUAUUGAGGAACAAACUAAAACCUUCCUGGACGGGUUCAACGAGGUAGUGCCCCUCGAGUGGUUGAAGUACUUUGACGAGCGAGAACUCGAGCUGAUGCUGUGCGGUAUGCAGGAGAUCGACGUCGACGAUUGGCAACGCAACUCGAUCUAUCGACAUUACAACCGCAACAGCAAGCAGGUCGUUUGGUUCUGGCAGUUUGUCCGCGAAACGGACAAUGAAAAACGUGCCCGAUUGCUGCAGUUCGUGACCGGAACGUGCCGGGUGCCGGUUGGAGGAUUCGCCGAGCUGAUGGGUUCGAAUGGACCGCAGCGAUUCUGCAUCGAGAAGGUGGGCAAAGAUACGUGGCUGCCACGAUCUCACACCUGUUUCAAUCGGCUCGAUCUGCCACCGUACAAGAGCUACGAUCAGCUGGUGGAAAAGCUAAACUAUGCGAUCGAAGAGACGGAAGGUUUCGGGCAGGAGUAAACAGAGAGACAGAGCAGAAACGGAAGAGAGAGAGAGAGAGAAACAAAUGUGAUCAACCGGACGGAACCGCUAACGAAAGGAAUGAGAAAGAUAGUUUGAAUAGAAUAUGGCUUAAUCGUGAGUAUGUUCGUGUGCUGGCAUAUAUCUAUGUAUGCGUGUACGUUGUAUGUGUGGAUUCCUGCGGUAAAAAUGUCUGACGCAAUGUUAAAUUCGCGGAAUGGCGAGGAUCAUGUUUUUGUAAGAUUUUUGUAAUAUUCAUUCAAUUAUUUGAAAAAUCCCCUGAAGAAUGCCUCCAUUUCCUGUGAGGCUUUGUUUCUGGUGUAACAAUAGUUCCUUCAUCAUUUACGCCGACUUUUUCAAAACAACCCAAUGGCAGGAUAAUUUUUUCGCGAUUGAUAGGUUUUUGUUUUUUCAUUAUUCAAUAGUUUCGUUUUCUUUGCUCACUAAAGUCAACAAUGUGUGAUAAUGGUUGAUUAGGGAUUCAGUGUUUUGUACAUAGGUAAAGAGUUGUAAAAGAAGAAGAUGUAAGUAAUUGUUGGUAGCAUCCCAAUCCCAAAUGCAGAGAAUGGUAGCGACACUUGGCGGGUACAGACAGCGGACGGGAAGUUUUUUAAAAAGGGUUGUUGAUGCUGAAAUGUUUAGUUUUUGUAUUAUGAACACACCUGUUUCGUAUGGGCCCAAGUAAGAGAGGCCCUUUUUAUAAUAUUAGAAUUUUCUUCUCCAAAAGCCUUCAACGGUUUUAGCACAGAAUGUAUGAAUUGUUUGAUUUUGAAUUUUUAAUGUACCUAAUUAAACAUUUAGCGAAAUUUCGUCGCCUUUUCCAUCGAAAUGUGUCACCAAUGUUCUUCGAACGAACAAUGGAUACUGUGCAAAGUAAGCAAAUCGUACCUUUCAUUGCAAGUAGAUGCAAUGCUUCUAAGUUCAUCCAUUCACUAGUUUUAUAUCGCCUAUUUUCCUCUAAACGGGUGUGCGAAUUCUGAGUACCUACUGUACUAAUUUCGGAAGCCUCUGAUCAUUGGAGGUUCUUUUUGUAAAGUAGAAAAUUUUGUAUAAUCUGUAUACUGUGUAGCACCGGUGUGCUCUACGGACAAUGGAGUGCAUAAGACAAAUAGUUUGUGUCGAAAAGAGCAAUUUAUGGGUCCACUAAAUGUCGGUGUAUCUACGUGUAAUGGGAGGCGCGUAGGUUCAGCUCAUAUUGCGCGAAUCAAACGUGGCAUACGCGUCACACAGAGAACCGUUCGAGGCUACAACGAGUCAGCCGCCCGUAGAGGUGGCGUGUGAUUGGCAAACAGUUGUUAAAUUGGCCACUAUGAAUGACGAAACGGAAAUAUACAGAGUAGGUUGUCGCCGAUGUUGUUUUUAAGUAAAAAUUACAAAUGAAAUAAUAUGUGCACACACUCACGAAAUAUAUCAUAUUGUAGGUACAAUGUAUGAAACAAUGGAAGAAAAAAUACACACAGAGAUAAACUUAUUAGUGAAAAGUGUAAAAUAAUUUAUAACAAUAACACUAUAAAACAAGUAUCGAAAUGUCCUGCAAGGAGCAUGCAACGGUUAAAGUAGCAAAGGCACAGAGUUACGGAUAAGAAGGGCCAAAUGAGAGUAACCAAAUCGAGGGUAAUGAAAGGCGCAUAAAAAUGGGGCGAUCUUCAAACAACACGGAGCGAAAAUAAUGUGAAAUCGAUCGCGGACGAGAUGACUAAAUCAAUUAACCAAAACCGAUCGUAGUACGUUCCGCGGGGGAAAAUCUUACCCGUGCGCAAGAGACUCGAUCCUCCCGAAGGAGAACCGAGCCCAGCGUGUGCUGUUUCACUUACGAGCGGAAGAAACAAAGCUGAAACAGAGCAGCGUUAGCUGCUCGACACAGAAAGGUGCUUUAUUAUUUUUAUGAACAGAGAAAAAGAUCAUGUGGGUGUCGUUAUAUAAUUCCUAAUUAUUCUGCAGCCUUUUGAAGGCUUGCGUGGGGCUUUUGGGGAAAAUGUAAGGAAUAUUGAAAGGAGCCUGGUGAGCCUAAAAUACAUUCAUUUCCCAAAACGGGCGUAAAUAUAGUGGGGCGGAAAGUCAACAAAUUGUAGGGCAAACCCCAGUAUGCGAUCUUCAAAGGAAAACGCGUGGAUGGGAGAUCGCUGUGUAAAACGUGAUCGUGAAUUGACACAACGGAUAUCGGUCCGUUUAAGCAGCAGCACCACAUCCUAUCGUUGAAAUGGAAAGGUCUCCACAUUAUGAUUAUUGUAAAAUUAUGAUUAUCCUUACUGCACCAUGUAAUUUAUGGUUUGGUUUUAGUUGGUGCAAAUCAAUGCGGGAAAAAUAAAGACG